AUGUGCUGCCGCCUCCGCCUCCGUUGCCUCCGCCGCCGCCGCCGUCACGACACAAGCCGCCCGUGCGCCGUGAUGAAUGAGAUGAUGACAGGACUGAGCACCACGAAAUUGGGCUUUUUGGGCAGCUUCGCAGCCGCUUCCGCGGCCACCUCACCCUCCGCUUUGUCUCGGCUAGUGCACACGAAACGGGAUGCCUCGCAAGCCCUGGCGCGCCCUCCCCCCCUCCCCGGUCUGGUAGGGCGAAGGAGCGGGCGCGCGGUCGAUCGAGCGAUCGGUUGGCGGCUCUUUCUCCUGCUCUGGCAUCCAGCUCUUGGGGCGCAGGCCCGGCCGCCGCGGCGCGCGCCCGGUGGCCGUUGGCGCUCGCGCCGUGUCUUUCUUCUCGUACGCAGAACUCGGGCGGCGGCCUAUGCGUUUGCGAUUCGAAGAGGAGUCGUCCGGGUGGUCGGCGGUGGCGGGCAGUUGCUCCGCCCCGCUCCCGGGGAGGCGGCGGCGGGAUUUGGCGCGUCUGGGGAAGCGGGGGUGGCCGGGGCGGGCCUGGAGGCCUGGCGCCACCCUUCGGGGCCUGCAAGGACCCAGUUGGAGGCACAGGAAGGUGCUGGGGGAUGGUUGGUGGUGGGCUUUCUACUUUGCCUUUUCCUCCUUAUGCCGCCUUAGUGAGAGGCGGGAGCUCUGGCGGCAGCUCGGGGGUGGGAGACAAGCUCCGGAGUCGGAAGAACUGGGUUUGCUUCCGGGCCUAGCCACCAGCUGGCCGAGUGACCUUAGGCAAGUCACUCUGUAAUAUGUCUGCGCCUCAGUUUCCUCCUCUGCCUAUCGAUGUUUGUGGAAUUAAAAUCGCUUUAUAAACUAUAAAGCGUCAGUGUACGUAAGGGAUAAUUAUCGUUUGUCAAUUUUUUUGAGUUGUAAGAAAACAGCAAUUGCCCAAUCCAUGGAUUUUGAACCUGGGAACCUUGGAUUGGAGUUGGAGAUCCCCAAACUCCCUGAAAUUGUAUGCAGAAAUUAGUGGGACUGUGCAUUUUAAGGGAACGAGGAUCCAUCUCCAACAAGUUUUCAAAGGGAGGUAUCACCCCUGAAGAGUUAAGAACCACAAUUUGUUUAUGCCAUAGGGAGGAAACUGAGGCCUAGAUGUCAUUUGGGAUCCUUCACAACCAAUUCGAAGCCCCUGUUUGAAUCCCUGGGAUAUGUGAGCUUUUUUGUGCAUAAUGGGUAUUCGGGGUAACAACACUCCACUGCUUGGCUUCUUUUCUGAGUCUUUUCUUUCCUCAUAGGGUGCCUGAAGGUGGCUAAUGCAUAUGGUACUGUGGCACCCAUUAUAAAGCAGCGGAAAAUAAGAGUGGACAUGUUCUCUAGUGUCAAGAGGCAUAUUUAAUCUUUGGCCCAUUAACUGUUUGUUGCUGCUUAUACUGGUGCCUGACUGCCUUUCUGACUCUUUCACUGACCAUUUUCACGACCAUGUUUGUCAUCUGUUACUUGCUCCUAUUUUAUAUCCCUAGUCUAUGUGGUUGGUGAUGAGCAGGUUUCUUUUUAAAUGGUGCUGCCAAGUCUAGCUAAUUAAUGGUGCAGGUGGAUUUUUAGCAAUCUGGCUCACUGGAACAGACUGAAUGAACCAGCCAUGGAAUUCCCAAAGAUGUUGGGGGUUAUCUUUAUUAAUUGAAGGUUAACAUUUGCUGAAAAGUUUUGUUGGAACCUCUGCUGAACCUCACAAUCAGUGGAUUUGGAAGUGUUUCAAAGCUUAACAUUUUCCUGGACUGCUUUGUAUUCUAUUUGCUUGCAAGUGUGUUACUACAGUGGCCAAAAUGCCAGUUUUUUGCUUCUUUGUUAAUUGUCAGCUGCUUUUAUCUAAUUCCAGGCUAUUGCCCAGCAAACACUAUAGAAAUGUUUGAACAGUUGGAUUUCAGACAUUUUGUUUUGUGGAGUGGUACAGCUCUAAGCAAGUGAACACACAAGUUUAAGUGUAUUUUGUCUGGUUAGGUGUUACCUGGUUCUGCUAUUGCAUACAAAUAUCUGGAAAAAGUCAAUUGACUGUACCCUUUACCUAAAGGGCAGAGACAAAUGAUCUCACUGCCAGAGAAAUAACUUUUUUGGAGAAAAAUGUAUUGGCCUUUUAGGUUUUUUGUAAUAAAAUCUGGAUGUACUACAAAAGAAUCACAAGACUGUGGUGAUAAGAUGCUUUUCUUGGCAGAAGGGGGAAAAAAACAACUGGAACUCUAAGCUUGAAAUUCUGUGACAAAAUGUGAGAUGUCCAGGAUAGAAGGUUGAAAGUGUUUCACUACAGUAUUCUGCACUAGCUGGAGCAGAUGUCUUUCAGUGUAGCCACGCAUGGGCUCCAGAUUUGCAAGAUGGGGACCUGCAGGAGCUUAUGAGGAUGUGACAAGAACUCUGAAGUUGGAUGCUUUUAUUUUUGAAUUUUGGGACUAUUGACCUCACUUUCAGAAGAGAGACUGACUAAACAAACAAUGCCACCAGCACUGUUACGGGGAAUUCGAAGUCCUGAGUUUCUGCCAGAUCCUCAGUUGCAAACUGGUGACGCUGCAUCCAAAGCGAACUACGACAGCAAACCCCUUGAGGAAAAAGGGAUCUUAACGAAUCUUUACCCACACAUACUACCACAUAUGAUGAAGCUUUUAAUAGAACGGAGCAAUUUAGAAAGCAGGCUAUCUCUGAAUAAGCAUUCACCUACAGAUUUGGUACCUGGAUUUUUGCCCAUGGUGAUUCCUAUUAUCUUACUACUGAAGAAGACACCAUUCCAGUGGACCACUGUGACCCCAGGAGCAUUCAGCCAUCAUGAUGUGGCCUUCACCUACUUGUGUCCUAUUCUGCCCAGAUUGAGCACCACCCUUUAUGUGAUGAAGCCAAAUAGCUGAAGCUGUUUAAUCACAACAAAGGCCCAUAAGUGUGUAUUUUGUUUCUUCAGUUCAAACCUUCAGAGACACAUAAUACAUUUGGAACAGGGGAUUUUUAGUUUUCAACACUGUCUAAAGAAUGGCAACAUCUUGAGAACAACAUUGGACCACAUCCCACAGUCUCAAAUGUUUGAAGUAUAUGAAGCGUCAAGAAUCCCAUCCAUGUCACUGGACACUGUUCUUUUCCACUUCAGAUCUGUAGUAUCCUACUGAAAGAGAAAGCAGAUAUUCUGACUUACUGGAAUUAAAACAAAGGCACAAUGAAGGUCUCAUAGCAUCUUCUUUGGGAUUACUCAGGAACCAGAACUUCUCACACAAAUGUAAGAAAUUUUACAAAGGAAUCCUUUACCUAACAGCAUCUCACAAGGCUUCAAUCAGAUUCCAGAAAAGGCCUCUUGAGACAUCCAGUGCAGAAGAAGCCUCUAAGCAUGUAUAUAUUCGAUCAUUUUCAGCACCUGGGACCCCUUCUAUCAGAUCUGAAGGAGUACAGCAGAUCAAAAGCAGUCAGUUUCUCUCUUCUGCAGUAAUAUAGAAGUGAGUCUGAUUCACCAGUUCAGAAAUGAGAAAUGUUCAACUUGGCAAAAGACUUGAACACAAGAAAACUUUACACGAACUUAAAAUUUACCAUUGACUUGAAAACCCUCACAUACUAUUUGCCAUUGGGAGACUAGUUGUCUUGCAUUAUGUCAACUUGAUAGUUGGGCUCUCCGACUCAUGUUACUUACAUUGAAACUAUUGAAUCAUCCAGAGUAUGUUACUGGACAUGAUUAUUCCAUUCCAAUAAGUUUCCUGAGUACAGUAUAUAAUCCCCAUGAUGGUUUUGUUUUUGUUUUAAUGCUUUUAUUAAGAAAGUAACAGUGCCAGCUGUUAUCAUUCAACUUUAUGAGCAAAGAUUAAACUUUUAGAAUAUCCGGUCUUAUCACUGAUACUAUUUUUAAUUGACCAGCAAUUCAUUCCAUCUCUUUGUAACAACUCCCUGAUGUUUCUUGGAACCAUAUCUAUUUUCAGUCUGCAUAGUUCAGACAGUCUGAUCUAACCUUAAGUUUCAUGUUGGACACAUAGUUCAUACCUGAUCAGUCAACAAUCAUCUCCUUCACCAUAGUGAUUGAUUCAGGAAUGGUCAUGUGAUUCAAGUUGAUCCAGUGAUACUCAACCCUAGGAGUUUUACUGAACUAUGGAAGAAGAAAAGCUCAGAAACUCAAUUUACUGAGGUUGCUUAACUUUGUAGGAUGAAAAAAACCUCAGACCACCAGGAGUCCACCAUAUCAAAUGAGCCAGUCAGAAAAUGAAGCCAGUGCAGAGGAAAGCGGAGCCAAAUGAUGGAGACUUGAGUCCUGAUGACAAUGUUUGUGCUCCUGGAUCCACCCGUGCCUGAAGCUAGUAUAUCCUCUGGAUUUUUUCAGUUUUGUGAACCAAUAAAUACUCUUUUGUUUAAGUUA